AUGACCAUCACCAAUCCAGUGGUGUUUCUCGAUGUUCAACAUGGUGAUCGCACGCUAGGCAGAAUCAAGAUUGAACUCUACGCUAAAGAACUACCCAAGUACGAGAGAACUUGUGAGAAUUUCCGUCAGCUUUGCACAGGUGAAUAUAGAGAACUAAACCAGCCCACGGGGUAUAAGAAUGCGCCUUUUCACCGAAUAAUCAAGGGAUUCAUGCUUCAGGGAGGGGAUUUUGUACGGGGCAACGGGCUUGGAACUAAAUGCAUUUAUGGAUCCGACACUUUUGAAGAUGAGAGUUUCACUUAUGAUCAGCCUCAGCACAGCAUGUCUGCAGAUUUCUGGAGCUCAACCCAGAGAAGCAAAUGGCAAUUGACCCGGACAUCCCUAGUCGAGGCAAGACGGAAAGUACUACUACUUGAGAAGAAGUUGAUCAAGAAUGGACUCAUCCAAGACUAUCCCAACGUAUUAUAUGAUUACAACAUGCGAAUAUAUCUUCAUAAUUUGAUUAUUAAACUUGGAAGACGGUUGAAUAUUCGUCAAGUGGCCUUAGCCAGUGCCGAAAUAUACCUUACAAGAUUUCUUACUAGAGUUUCACUUAAAGAAAUUAAUGUAUACUUACUUGUGACAACAUGUUUGUAUGUGGCUUGCAAAAUAGAAGAAUGCCCACAUCAUAUACGGUUGAUAACCUCUGAGGCUCGGAAUUUAUGGCCAGAAUAUAUACCUCAUGAUGUUACCAAGCUAGCUGAAUUUGAAUUUUACUUGAUUGAAGAAAUGGAUUCAUUACUCUUUUUACAUCAUCCAUAUAAUUCAUUAUUUCAAAUUAGAGAUUAUCUAGAACAUCGUUCUGACUACUAUGGUUUAGUUUUAAGUGCAGAAGAAUUACAGAAUAGCUGGUCUAUUAUUAAUGAUAGCUACAUUACUGACUUGCAUUUACUAUUUCCUCCUCAUAUAAUAGCCGUGGUUGCCAUUUAUAUCACCAUUGUACUCAAGAAGAAUCUAAUGUUGAUACGAGGAAAUAACCACAUAGAGAAUAGCUCAAAUCCAGUGGACAAUGAAACACAGAAGGAGAAAAGCGGACCUAGAUGGAAUAAGAAUAAUACCGGUGGGGGGGUCAAUGAUAUUAUAGAAUACAUGCUGAUCAGAGCCAAUGAUCAAGGUCUUAGUAAUAAUCCCAGUAAUAGAGUCCAAAACACUACUACUAUGAAUGGCAAUAAUAUUUCACUGUCCAAUAAUAACAAUGGCCAAUCUCAAAACAACAAUAUGAUUGCUCCUAAUAACAAUAAUACUAGUAAUGAUUCUAGUUCUGUUUCGACUACUCAAAAUAAAUCUGUUUCUACGCGAUCUGGACAGCCAUUACGACAGUCACAAGAUGCCACAAAUAUCAUUGAAACCAAGGGAAACCUCCAGAAUGAACAUCAUUUCCAAGAUCUCCAGGAAGUUGAUGAAGAUACAAUACGUAUAAAUAAGUUCAUGAAGUUUCUAACUGAUAGUCACAUCAAUUUAGAUGAAGUCGUCGAGGUGAUGCAGGAUAUAAUCAACUUGUAUGUGGUGUGGAAUCGAUAUCAUGAGGCUGGCGUUAAACGGACGCUACAAUACAUGCUUCUCAAACGAUAG